GCGUACUUAAUUCAUCUUUGACUGCGUCCCUGAAGAGUUGUAUGAGUAUGGGGAAGUAUCACAAGGAAAAUACUCCCCCAUAUCGUUCAAGGAUGCAACUGAGAGAUGAGCUGCGGAGAGCUCUAAUAGGAAGCUGCCAAGUAGAUGAGGAGACUCCUCGCCUCCGCUUAAUAAUAUAGUAUGUCACCAGAGUCUUCACACGCAUUGACUUACAUCAUAUUGCAUAUUUCCGAAUAAUGAUAUCCGCUUUCUCCCAUUGUCAGUCAUCGACUCCAACGUCCUUGGUGAAACCGUUGUAGUCCCCUCAAACGCAAGCGGCCUCCAUUCCUUGAUAACGCAUUGCAAGUACAACAAGAGAUUAAUGUUCCUGUAUUCUUACACAAAAAAGGGAUGCGGGAUGUAGGGAGCCUUGUGGUUGCGGUACGACCGACUGCGUGGACCAUGGCAAAAGUAAUUGAAGACCACCUGCAACAGUCGAACUCAUGGAACAAGCACGCUGUUGGGGAAAAAUUUCCAAUGCCGGAGAUGGAGAACGAGCAGGUAAAGCACGAUCGAGAUCCUAAAAAAAGUGGUCCUGUGGCUCGCGCUUUCAAAUGCGCAUGGGCGCACAAGUGGAGGAGAAGGGACUUUUCUCCGUCGUCGGAAGAUCUGGACGGCCAAUAUGAGGAGGAGAUCAGAGCUCUGAUGAAAAGGAAAGCGAAGUGGUACAAAAUGUUGGUUGCUGUCCACGUUCCUCUCGAAGUCCUUGAGGGUAAAGCGCUUCCACCGCAGAUGCGUCAAGGAUUAUACAGCCGCAAGGAAGAUGGAGAUGAGGACAUCGCUGACAUGCAGGGUUCGCCAUUGAAGCGUCGACGUACGGAUGGGAAAGAGGAGCAUGAUUCGCAGGUGACGAUGGGCAGCCACGAUGAGCAGCAAUGCGAUUCUCUAGACGGCGGCGCUAAAAUAGAGGGACAGCGGCAUGAUGCUGACAACUCGUCAAGAGCAAGCAUCAAUAUGGGCCGACCGACUGGGAAAGAGUUUCGACUGGCUCGGACACUUGUUGUCGAGUGGUUGAAUGAACGCGUUUUUGGCCAAAUAGUCACGAUCCCCCUGACACAGAUGACUUGGAAAAUUCCAAGAAUUCCAUCCAUGCGGCAGGUGUGCCCCUACGGAUUCGCGCAUCUCCUGGAAAAGUUUGCGACGUCUUCUUCAUCAGACGAGGCCGAAAGAAAGAAGACGAAAGACUAUCUAGAAAAAUUGAAGACGUUUCGCGAAUGGGAUUGCGAGACGGCGACGACGGAAUUUGCAUCAGAUGAGAAUGUGAAGAUCUUUGUGCCGGAGCCUUCUCGAACGCAGGGUGAAGUCAAAGAUCCUGUCUUUUACGUGCUACUCUCCGCUACGACCGGGCGGCAUGACUCCUGGGCGGAUUUGACAGGCAAGCGGCAUCAGCUGCGCGCCCACAUUGCUGCUUUGGCCGUAGUUGACGGCCUCUCUGCAUGCUUGGUCGGAGACAAUCUUUAUCGCACCGCUGGAAUGGAUGCUACAGCGCGCACCGCUUUUCUCUUGCGCUCAAGCAACUACCAAAGGUCCGAAAAGCCUUUCUGA